CCAAAAAAACAUCACUCAUACAAAGAGUAUGACGUAGAGUUUGAGGAUGAGCUCUUCUACGUUGACCCCAUGACCUACCGGGUAGAGCGCGACUGUCAGCGUUCGCCCAGCAGUGGACCCCUGACCCAGGACUGCCUCACGAAGUGAACGUGUCCCUCGGAACCUGCCAGUACAAUAUCCCCUGCUGCAUUGUGGGAGAAAAUUUGGGGCGGCAGGUAGCCUAGUGGUUAGAGCGUUGGGCCGUGUAACUGAAAGGUUGCAAGAUUGAAUCCCCGAGCUGGCAAGGUAUGAAUCUGCCGUUCUGCCCCUGAACAAGACACUUAACCCACUGUUCCUAGGCCGUCAUUGUAAAUAAGAAUUUUUUCUUAACUGACUUGCCUAGUUAAAAUAAGGUUUACUUUAAAAAAACAAUUUUUUUUAGAGUCCACCGGAGGCAUUAGGUGAGUGCUGUUUCUGUAAAGUCACACCCCAGCUAGCACAUCAUUAUCUGUUUCUUAGAGCUUGGUGAGAGUGUGGUUGUCCUAUGGUUAUUUUGCAUAUAACCUUACCACAACGUUCUGGGAAUGGUGCGGGGUAGUUGCUUGGCUUUGGAACAUUCUCAGCACAUUUAAGGAACUUGACGAAGUGGUUUGAUAUUGGGAAUGUUCUCAAAUAGUUCAGAGAAGGUUAAGAAACAACAUUCUUCUGUGUGAAUUUCAGUACUUCAGCAUAACGUUUCCUCAUGGUUCUAUUUAAAGUCAUGUUCUCAAAGUUCAGAGACUGUUACAAAAACAUUCCAUAAAAACCACAAGAAAAUGUUUGUAACGUUCUAAUAAUGUUAUUUAAAAGCAUAUACAUUCUGUUCUCAGCGUCAAUAAAAGGCUCUAUCCUCCAUCUUAAGUGUGUUCAGGUGUUAUGGCCGUGCCCAUUAAUUGGCCACCCCUGAUCUUAAUGAGUGCUUCUUUCCUUUGAAGUGGGAUCUGUUUGAAUAGACUAAAAUGAACAGCUUUGUAUGCCUUAAAAUUCUAGUUCCACCCUGGUGGCGAAGUGGACUAAGGUGUCUUGUACAGCAAAUUGGUUUGGUAUGUCUGGAUAAGAGCGUCUGCUAAAUGACUUAAAUGUAAUGUAAUGUAAUGUUUUUUUAUGAACUCUGGUGCAUUUAGCCCCUUAGUUCAGUUCGUUUGGACUGGUGUGAACACUGUCCUCACUCGGGAGCGCCCAACAGAGGCUCCCACCUCCCACAUAUACUCCCAGAGAGAGGUGGAACUGGGGGACCCCAACACACUCAUCUGCCGGGUCAGUGAUUUCCACCCAACAUCCGUGGAUGUGACUUGGACCAGGAACGAGCAGCCGGUGGGAGAGGGGACCGUCAGUCUGAACCAGUACUACUCUAAUGAAAACUUCAGCUUCAGGAUCUUCUCCUACCUGAGCAUCACACCUCAGGAGGGGGACAUCUACUCCUGUAGUGUGGGGCACGUCAGCCUGCAGGAACCCCUCACCAGGAUCUGGGAGGUUGAAGUGCACACGGACCACCAGACUGUGGAGACAGCAGUGUGUGUUGGAGGUGUGACUCUAGGAGUGGUGGGAGUAGCAACAGGACUCUGGUUUAUCAAAAAAGCCAAGAGGUCUGGUUGGGCCUUAAGAACAUAGGCAACUAUCAGCAAUACACCAAGGGCUCCAUGCAACAAUACCAAGUACAAUUAUCAUAUUCCGCAACCUACAACUGUGCUGGCGACAAUAUGAUGCAGUUCACUAUUGUGAGGGCAAUUUCUGUUAAACCUUACUAAUGCUGUUGUACUAAAAUAUGUCUUUAAGCCUAGGCAUUGGGCUUGGCUGGACUUCCUGUCAUUCACACCUGGGAAA